AUGCAGAGUACACUGAAGGCAUUGGUUGGAAAGCUAGAGUUCAAGAGCAUGUUGAAGGAGAAAAUACACAUUGAGAAAUUGAUGAUAAUACUACACCCUUAUUUCAAAGUAUCUAAACUACUGGAAAUAUUUCACGAUGACGAGGAAAAUUCUGAUGUUAAAUUGGUUAUCGUCAAGGGGAAUGGCAGGGCAUUUUGUGCUGGUGGUGAUGUUGCAGCUGUUGUUCAUGAGGCAACAGAAGGUGAUUGGAGUAAGCCUCAGGUUUCAAUUCUUAAUGGAAUUGUCAUGGGAGGUGGCGCAGGUGCUUCUAUGCAUGGAAGAUUUCGUGUCGUUACAGAGAAUACCGUCUUUGCAAUGCCAGAAACAGCUUUGGGACUAUUUCCUGAUGUAGGCGCGGCAUAUUUCUUGUCUAGAUUAGCUGGAUUUUUUGGUGAAUAUGUUGGUCUUACAGGUGCUAGGUUGGAUGGUGCAGAAAUGCUUGCUUGUGGUCUUGCAACACAUUUUGUCCCUUCAUCGAAACUAUCUGUUUAUCACAGGAUGGAUCUAAUCAAUAAGUGUUUCUCUAGGAAAACAGUGGAAGAAAUUUUAUCUUGUCUUGAGACCGAAGCUACGAGUAAGGCAGACAGUUGGAUUUCUACAACUCUUGAAACCUUGAAGAAAUCAUCUUCAACUAGCCUUAAAGUCUUUCUUAGAUUGAUUAGAGAAGUGAGGCUUGUAGGUGUUGGUGAAUGCCUUGUUCGAGAGUAUAGAAUUGUGUGUCAUAUCCUACAAGGACACCACAGCAAAGAUUUCUUUGAGGGUUGUAGAGCUAUACUGAUAGACAAAGAUAGGAAGCCAAAGUGGGAACCUUCCAAAUUGGAGCUUGUGAGUGACGGCGACGUCGACAGUUACUUCUCUAAGCUUGAUGAUGCUGAAGGGUGGAAAGAUUUGGAGCUUCCCAACGGGUUCAAAAAUUUGCCUGCACAUGCUAUUUCAAAGCUUUAA